UCAGGGACGAGGGCGGGGGCGGACUCACAGAGACGGUUUCCGGGUUUCCCUUCCUGGGCUGGGACAGCGGCAAGAGGCAGAAACUCCAGUUGAUUAACAAUAAUUCAAAGUUACGUUCAGCAGGCUCGUCAGCCAUCCAGUAAACCGCAGCGAUGUCUCAGUCUGGAGAGAAAGGGAAGUUCCCAGAUGCAGCAGGUUAUGUAGGGUUUGCCAACCUCCCAAACCAAGUGCACCGAAAAUCUGUGAAAAAAGGGUUUGAAUUUACCCUUAUGGUUGUUGGGGAGUCUGGCUUGGGCAAAUCGACACUUAUAAACAGCCUGUUUCUCACUGAUCUCUACCCUGAACGCUACAUCCCUGGUGCCGCAGAGAAGAUUGAGAGGACGGUGCAGAUUGAGGCAUCAACUGUGGAGAUCGAGGAGAGAGGAGUAAAGCUUCGCCUCACCGUGGUUGACACCCCUGGAUACGGCGAUGCCAUCAAUAGCCAGGACUGCUUCAAGACCAUCAUCCAGUACAUUGACAAUCAGUUUGAGCGAUACCUCCAUGAUGAGAGCGGGCUGAACCGAAGACACAUAGUGGACAACAGGGUGCACUGCUGCUUCUACUUCAUAUCUCCAUUUGGACAUGGUCUAAAGCCUCUGGAUGUGGAGUUCAUGAAGGCCAUCCACAGCAAAGUCAACAUAGUCCCAGUCAUUGCCAAGGCUGACACACUGACACUGAGGGAGAGGGAUCGCCUGAAGAGGAGGAUCCUGGAUGAGAUCGCAGAGCAUGGGAUCAGAAUUUAUCAGCUACCUGACGCCGACUCUGACGAGGAUGAGGAGUUCAAGGAGCAGACCAGAGUCCUGAAGGCGAGCAUUCCCUUUGCUGUGAUUGGUUCCAACCAGCUGAUUGAGGUGAAGGGGAAGAAGAUCCGUGGUCGUCUCUACCCCUGGGGAGUUGUUGAAGUGGAGAAUCCUGAGCACAAUGACUUCCUCAAACUACGCACCAUGCUUGUGACCCACAUGCAAGACCUCCAGGAGGUAACUCAGGAUCUGCAUUAUGAGAACUUCCGUUCAGAGAGGCUGAAGAGAGUGGGCAGGGAUGCGGAUGAGGAUGUGAUGGACAAGGACCAGAUCCUGCUACAGAAAGAGGCCGAGCUGAGACGCAUGCAGCAGAUGAUCGCUCAGAUGCAGGCACAGAUGAAGAUUAAAUCAGAUGAAUGAAAGCAUCAGAGCAAAAGGGAAACACGGUGAUACCAACCCCCUCAACACACACACACACACACACACACACACACACACACACACACACACACACACACACACACACACACACACACACACACACACACACAUAUAUUGUGACGUCAUGAGAGGCUUCACAGCUGUCAGCGGGGUGGCUCAAGUAGUGCAAGGAGACGAGGUUCAAAUAAUAACAAGGAAUUUAUUAAAGUUCUUGGAAGUCAAUGAAAACAUAAUAGAAUGCAGACAUCUUGUUGCUCUUUAAGGGCCAACACUUCAGGGAUGUCUCUUCGGCCUCUUGAAAUCAUAAUUCUCUCCCUCAGGAAAAUAAACAGUUUUUCUCAGCCUUAUGGUAGUCCAGGCUGCAGCUAGUGGCCAAGCCAGCAGUAAGUCACCACAGGUGAACACUUCCAACAGUGAGUCUCCUCCACAGACAAGUCUCUCCAACUCUUCAUACUCCUCAUGGCAACAGCAGCACAGCGCUCUCGUCCUCCUGGGAGCCCAGCUUGGAGACCAUGUCUCCCCACCACACACAGACCUCUCUAAGUGUGUGUCCAUCCCUUAAAAACCCUUCAGCUCAUCAGCUCCUGAUUUGUCACAGCUGUGUGGGAACAUUGGCCACAGAGGGGUGGACUUCCCGAUUAUACCAGCGGAUGGAGCCACAGCUGUCUGUGCUUGCAGACAUCUCAGGGGGAUGUAACGUCCGUCCAGGACACAGCCUCUCGUGACGUCACAAUAUAUAUACACACACACACGCACACGCACACAUACCUGGUCCUCCUCUGAAUCAAUCACUGCCUGCUGCCAUGCUGCAGGUCCACCAGGAGUCAAGGUAUCCAGGAUCAAAUCAUCUUUAUCUGCAUACCACUUCUUCUUCUUCCCUCCAAACAUCCAUCCAUCAGCUGUUCAGGAGCUUCUUGAACAUCUUGUCAAACUCCAGUUACAAUCCACAUAUAGGCCCGCUGAUUAUCUUAUUUUUUUGUAUAAGUUACAAGUUUGCCGAGUUGGACUGGGAAAAAAAAAAGUGAACACAACGUUUUGAUACUGGAUGACUAUCAUAGACAUAUCCAUUAUUUAGUCUUUGAUCUUAAUUAUGACUCCACAGAGCUUCCAGUGAUAAUGGUACUAAGAUGUUUUGCCAUCACACUAUCUUAUUUACAGAAAUAUAUGUAUGAAUUAUGCAUUUUGCUCAAGUCCAAGCUUCAGACGGCACCAUUUUCCAUUUAUAUUGCUAUCAGCUUCUGACCGGUUUUGAACAUAUUUUAAUUUAACGUGUUUUCUGUUAGCUUAUGAGCCCAUCACCUUUACCUCUGGAUGCUGGAAUCUUCACUGCGUUAGUCUAAUACUGCAAUAAAUAUUAUCACAGUUAAAUGCAAGUGUGAUUGUGAAUGAUGUAAACUGUCCAUGCAGAGAACGAAGAAUGCUUUGUACCUAAUUGUGCUAAACUAGAAACCUUAUUUUGUAGCCAACACUACAAACUUAAUUCUAGGCAUUUUAUUAGGCCUUUAAGCUGAAAAGCUACUAUGCAAGUAGUCAAACUAAUACUACUUUGUUAUAAAGAGACACAACCAGCCUUAGGAUCAUGUUAUAGUUGAAUGAAAGUGCCAUCUUGUUAAUAUUUUCUGUAUUUAUCAUCAGGAGCUGCAUGAUCUCAAUGUCAGUGCCAUAGUACAACUACAGACUGAAAACUAAUCGCACUAUUCAGUCCAGUCACUUAAUGUGUCCGUAUUUGUUUCAGUGAUGUCAUUUAAAGCUACAGUUGGCAACUUUGAUAAAAAAUAUUUUAAUAUUUGCUUACACAAAUCAGAUAAUCUGUGGAAAAAAAUCCACCUCCCUCUGCCUCCUCCUGGUGUUCCUAAUGGCAUUAGGAAAACAACCAAACUUUCUCAUGUUUCAGCUAAACUGCACACUAAAAUAUCUUUCUGAAAGAAUUUGAGGCAAGAAAUAGGCAAUGCACUAACAGAAUAUUGAUUCAUAUUUGAUGAGUUUGACAGUUUGACUGCAGUUCACGAGCAGUCAUUGACACUGCGUAGAGAUUCCUCUGCUCUGAUUGGUAGUUAAUCUUGGAAACUUAGAAAGGCAGAGGAACAUGAUUUUUUUCACAGAUUGUCUGCGUAUGUGCUACCGUUUUCAGCAAAUAUGACAAAAAGUUGUUUUAAAAAAAAGUUACCUACUGAACCUUUAAAACUGUCUUAACUACAUGUGCAGCCUUUUAUCAUUCUGUAUUUGGGUCAUUUAGGAAUAAUAUAUAUUUAACUGUUAUAAGCGUAAGUGACCUCCACCCUUCUGUUUAGCAGUGCUAUCUAACUGUGCUGUCAUUGAUGUGUUGUUGGCAAUAUUUUAGUUUUUCUAUAUUUUGCUCUUGUAUGCACAUCUGUCUUUUGAACUUAAGACACACGUUUUUAUUAUUUCUUAACCAUAUGACAGUAAAGACUUGUUUUAAGGCGUAAA